UUUAUUAAUUUAUUUAUCAUUUCUCCCUCUUUCUGCUCUCACUACCACUUCAAUGGCCGCCUUUUCUCCCUCCAACAUUCCUCUUCAACACCAGUCACACCACAUUCUCCGCCCGGAAAAAUGCUUUCUUUCACCACUUUCAUCUCAGUCCAGUCCCUCCAAUUCCAUAAACUUUGCAAAAAAAAACCCUUUCGUGUCUCGAGUCAUGUCAGAGACUAACGAGUCUUUGAUCGCCGCCAUCACCGAACUGGGAAAGAGAAGACAAACGAAAGACGAACAAACAGUUGAAGAAAACUCUGGAAACGACAGUGAAGAGAGAAAACUAGCUGAAGUAUGGCGAGAAAUCCACGGUCAAGACGACUGGGUGGGCAUGCUCGAUCCGAUGGACCCGCUUCUGAGAUCCGAACUCAUCCGGUACGGUGAGAUGGCGCAAGCUUGCUACGACGGUUUCGACUUCGACCCGUUUUCGAAGUACUGUGGAAGCUGUCGAUUCAUGCAUCGUAAUUUCUUCUCCUCUCUGGGCAUGGAACAUCACGGCUACGAUGUGUUUCGUUAUCUCUACGCGACCUCCAACAUAAACCUCCCGAAUUUCUUCAAAAAAUCUCGGUGGCCGAAAGUCUGGAGCAAGAACGCCAACUGGAUUGGAUACGUCGCCGUUUCGAACGACGAAACCACCAAGAGGUUAGGCCGCCGUGACAUAACCAUUGCAUGGAGGGGCACCGUGACUCGCCUCGAGUGGAUUGCCGAUUUAAUGGACUUCCUCAAGCCCAUUUCCAACAACAAAAUCCCGUGUCCGGAUCACACCGUGAAAGUCGAAUCCGGGUUCUUGGAUCUAUAUACUGAUAAAGAUGUCAACUGCCGGUUCUGUAAAUUCUCCGCCCGGGAACAAAUUCUAACCACAGUUAAGAAAUUAUUAGAAAUGUACUGCGACGAAGAAAUUAGUAUUACGAUUACAGGCCACAGUCUUGGGAGCGCUUUGGCGAUAUUAAGUGCUUAUGAUAUAGCUGAAGCUGGUUUGAAUGUGAUGGAAGACAGUCGGGCGGUGCCGGUUUCGGUGUUUUCGUUCUCAGGGCCGCGGGUGGGGAAUGUGAGGUUCAAGGAGAGGAUGGAGACGCUGGGGGUGAAGGUGUUGAGGGUGGUGAAUGUGAAUGAUAUCGUGCCAAAAUCUCCGGGGUUUUUCUUGAACGAGAAUGUGUGGCCGGUGUUGAUGAAGGUGGCGGGGGGAUCGCCAUGGAGUUACUCGCAUGUGGGAGUUGAGUUGGCGUUGGAUCAUAAGAACUCUCCGUUCUUGAAACAGACUAAUGAUCCCGUUUGUGCUCAUGAUUUGGAGGCUCUCCUGCAUUUGCUUGACGGAUACCAUGGAAAAGGGCAUAGAUUUGUGCUGGCAACUGGGAGAGAUCCGGCGCUGGUGAACAAGGCGACUGAUUUUUUGAAAGAUCAUUACUUGGUUCCACCGUGUUGGAGGCAAGAUGCGAACAAGGGAAUGGUGAGGAACUACGAAGGGCGUUGGGUGCAGCCAGAAAGGCCUAAAUUAAUAGACGAUCACCUUCCGGAUAUUCACACACACCUUAGCAAAUUAGGCCUUGGCGCUUCUGAUGAGACUCGUGAUGACCAUGUUUAAUUCAAACUUAGUACAUUUUGAGUUCUAAUUACCUAAAUCAUUAGUGUAAAAUCAUCGGAUAUGUAAAUUAAUUGCAGUGUUGGCUAGGCCCUCUCCUCUUGGUGAACUUACAAAAUCGCUACAACUUAUAUAUUUGACGAAAAAAAUAUUUAGAAUACCGCCGUGAUAUCA